AUGUCUGGAGGCUAUCAGAUCCACACCGCAACUCCAAUCCGCAAGCGGAAAAAUUUCGGAGUCACAUCCGCAGCCUGGGCACGGGACCACACCCACACGAUCACAAGUCAAAUGUUCGCGCCAACACCAUAUGACUGCACCACGCCCCCAUGGAUUGCGCAAACCAGCCCUCUUCCGAAUUUCCCCGUGCAGCAAACAUCGACCAACACUUUGCCGACUUCGCAUUUCGCGCCGGACCCACGUCUCCCACGACCAGCGCCUCGUGAACAGUGCCUGCAAGAUGACUUGUUCUAUACAUUCACACGAGACGCCUACUUAUCCAGUGAGACAACCGCCGCGAAACAGGUAGCACAAAUUUUGCAACCAUAUUAUCCUCCAACAGAGAAGAUAAACCGUACACUACCAUUACCAAGGGUCACCAAGCAAGGACCUAACAUCAACAAUAACUUGCAAUUUUUCGCACCCUUCACACCCUUCAUACCCUUCACACCACUCAUACCACUCACACCUGCGAUACCAAACGCCCUCAAGAUGGAGGUCACAAGCAGACCACUACCAUCAUUACUGCCUCAGUUCGCCCCCAUGGCUAUGACAUCGAAACCAGCGAGCGCUGCUCCGUGGUCGUUCCCAAACCUCAAGAAGAAGCGUCGUCGUCGAGCGAGCCAGAUCUUCAACAUGAACUUCAGUUUUGGCUUUGGGUCUCGGCGAAAGAGUCAAGAUCACUCGCCUGACAUCAGUCCGCGAACGUCCAUAUCAUCCGCUUCAGGCUCCUCAAGGUCGGAGAUAGAGCAAAGCUCCAAGAGACAGAGAAUCGAUUCGAGAGCAACAGAUGCAGAGGCGGUGUUCUCACCUGAGAAGAACAUCAGGAUCCCGGACUCCGACAAUACAGCGAUAGUCUUGUCACGGUGUAAUAGCACGGGUGAAGUGCAUCCAGGCCAACUCGUCGACUUCACCAGCAAGCCUGUUCCCACCAUGCCGGAACCAACGGUCGCUCCUGCUCCUACACAUAGCAGUCCAGCGAGUGAAUUCGAGCUUCGCUUAAGUAGUGAUGCAUACCACGACUACCUCGCGACAAGCCAACGACGGAAAUCCUUCCCUGCCGGCGAAUGGGCAGCAAGACGAGUUCGCGAAGAGUUCCAGAUGCUUCAUAAGCUCGAGAAGCUCGAGACCAAAAUCGAGGAUCCCUUCAAGAGAUUUAGAGAGUCUGCAAGGAAGAGGAUAUGCACCGUGGAUCGAAAGGCGAAGUUGUCGGCGACCACUUCUCCCAACACCAUCGCGCCAACACCAAGCAUGGAUGCACCAAGUGUACCAUGUGAACUCCGUCGCACACCAAGCGAUCCAAGUACUGAGGCCUUCCUCAUACACGUCCGUGCCAGUCUCGAAGCAAGGAAGAGAGAGAACAAGACGGGAGAACGCUGGCGUUCAGGCCCCGUCUUUGCUGACGAAGUCGAGAAAGGGUUUCUUGAUGACGCGCCGUUAUAA